CGGGCAUAGGUUAGAAAUCUUCGAGAGCAUCUCGCGUCGAGGCAUCAAAUACGAAAUUGCCGUUUAGUGUGAAUAGCGGCCUGUACGGACGUCGCGAAACGCUGUGCGGCCGUCCCGACGUCCGCCACCGCAACAUUCCACGCACGUAUGAUGUCCGCGUACUUCAGCUACGAGCCCAGUUGAAUUGAUUUGUUUUUAGAGUCGUUGUUUUGUUCUUGCGGCGAACGGUAGACCAGCAGGAUGAACGGCAUAAACAUGGAGAAGGACAAGCAGGAUAAGGACAAGCAACAAAAGGCGCCAAGGAACUACAAGCUGUUACGCGACCCGUUCUUGAUCAAAGGCAGUGAGAAACUGUACAGAUACGACGGGAUCAUAUUGAACGACAACACCUAUCCGCCUGUAAUACUCAAAGAACCAAGAUCCCAGCUAACUCGUAUCUGGUCCAGAUUGGAAACACUAGAUUUGCCAGUGCCCCGUUUCAAAAUCGAUCAGAACUACGUGGGAAAUCCGCCCUCGAUCGAAGUGACGAUCUUCCAAUUGAACGACAACAUCGACAAGCAGUUUCUGCGUGACAUGGUGCAAAAAUUUGGCGGCAUCGAAGACCUGUUCAUUUACUAUCAUCCAGUCACAAACAAACAUCUGGGAAUUGGGCGGUGCAUUUUCGAAACCGUGCAAGGUGCGAAGGCGUGCGUUGAAAAGCUCAAUAAUACAAGUGUGAUGGGCAAACAGCUGCAAGUGUUUCUUGAUCCAUUUGGGGAAAAGUGCAAAAAACAGUAUGAGGAGUAUACAACGGAGAAAAAACCGCCGCCUCCUGUCGUCGAGGAGCCGCCCAAGAUCGAGGAGAAGCCUAAGGAGGAUGAGAGAGUCAAAGACAUCAGGGACAAGGACCUCAAAGUCACUCCAGAUGAGUAUGAUGGCAGAAAAAAAGACAGAGAUAGAUAUAGAGGCAGUUAUAGCAGCAGAACUGAUUUUCCCACUCCAGGCAGUUCGGAUGUUGGUUAUGGUACUGCACCCAGUGAAUUUUCAGCUAGCUACGGGUCUGCUGGCGCCACACCGUUGACAUAUGAAUAUCCCCACCCUCUGGCUGUGCCAUUAACUUAUCCACCCGCCUAUCACACAGUGUGGCCGAUGGCGACACCGUGGACGGGUGCGCCGCCCCCUGAACAUUGGGAUGCCCGCACCCCGGGCCAAACGUUGGCACCGCCCCACUACACCGCCAACAGCACCGCUCCACGUCCCAAAGACAGGGACAGGGACAAAAAGAAAGGCAGCAACGGCAAAAGCAAACGAGACAGAGACAAAGACACGAGGGAUAGGGAGAUGCGCACCACGUCGUCGGGACAGGUGUUGCACCGUCAAAAUUCAGAGGAUGAUGCGGCGUCGGACAACAAGACGCUUGAUUUGGACACUCGAAUCGCCAUGCUGCUGAAAGACCGCGGUUCGGGCGGCAUAGCGCCGCCCUUCUUAACCCUAGGUGGCGAUUCGGACGACGAACGUCCCCACACCGAGGCGCCGGCCAUGCAUAUGCCUCCAGCUGCCUCAGUCGACAGCGACGACGAUGAUCGAUCCAGCGUAUCGCUGAGUGACAUGCCCAUAAAUCCGCCGGCCCCAGAAGUCAUGUCAGGCAUUGGGAGGGAUGAGAACGGACCAUUAUCUCAUCCACCAUCGCCUUUCUUGUCCCGGGAGAUUUACUUGGAAUGUCACAAGCGGGCUCUCGAACAGGCUGUAGUGGCACGUCAGAAGGAGGCAUUGGAGACGACCGCCUUGCUGAAGAAGGCACAGAUCGAUGACAAAUUGGGUAGUGACAUUUCUUCAAGCGAGGAUGAACUGUUGACUGGAGAGACCGCCAACUACAGUCCGAUCGACCGAAUGGACUUCACCAACGACUACAAGACUGAAAAGGAUGACGAUCGGAUGUCACUGUCGUCGCUGAGCAGCACGGAACAGAAGAUCGAGGAGGUAAAGCCGGACGACGUGGCCGCGCCUCCUUUACCCCCACCUCUGUCCACCAUACCCGGCCUAUACCACACCGCCUACCAUCCGACAUCGUACGCCGCUGCCGGCUUCGUCUCGUCAGCGGCCGCCCCCGCGUCGUUCUAUCCGGGCGAGGUGACGGGGGCGGCCGCGCACGACCCGUACGCGUGGCGACACGCCGCCGCCGCCGCAGCCGCCACCUCCUAUCCGUAUCCGGUGCACCAGGUCUACCUGGGUCAUCCGGCGCAUGCCGUUCACGCGGCCGCCGAGGUGAUGGCCAACUUUGCCCACGCGCAACGUGUGGCGGCUGCCGCCGCCGCUGUACAGCAACAGUACAGCGCGUACGGUCAGCCACAGGGCAAGACCGAGGGUGCGGAAGACGAUCCGCACGCUCCCACGAUAAAUUCGGUGGUACAGAAGGUGACGCAGGAGCUGAAGGCCAUACUGAAGCGGGACUUCAACAAGAAGAUGGUCGAGAACACGGCGUUCACACGCUUCGAGACGUGGUGGGAGGAAGAGAGCUCGAAAGAAAAUAAAUGCAAGGAGGCACCGGACCUCGAAAAAUCGUCGACGUCCGCCGCGACGGCUCCACGCGACAACAUAAAUGUGCUGCUGGAGUCGCACCGCGAAAACCUGUACAGUAGCAUCAAUUACGACAGCAACCUGGGCCUGGGGCUGCGGGCCUCGCUGCCCAAAAUGCCUAGCUUCCGCAAGAAAAAGAUACCGUCCCCGGUGCCGGAGGACGAGGAGGAACGGAAGAUGAGCGACGAGGAAAUUGUGCGCAACGAUUCGGACACGGACGUUAAGCAGAAACGACGAGUGCGGAAGGCGUCGUCGUCGAGCAGCGCUAGCUCCACGAGUAGCUCGAGGUCGACCAGCUUCAGCGAGGACUCCAGCUCGGAGUCCAGCAGUUCGGAGUCAGAGGCCGAGCCGGAAGCGAUGAAUACUAGCAGGUCGCCCAAGACGCGCACUCCCCCACCCACGGAACGCGUUGAAGAGAUUAAAAAACCGGUGGAGAUUGAAAGGAGAAUGAGCAUCGACGAGGACGUGGUCUUACCUAGGGAAAAGACGCCGGAGGCGAAGGAAACUGUGGUGGAAAGGACGAGGGAAGAAAGUCCCAAAGCUGCGGCUUCGGCCAGUCGUUACUCUCGCAUCUUUGACAGUGACAGCGAUGAAAUGAGUGACGGUGAAUGGAGCUACUUAGAGGAGCGUAGACGCAAGAACACCGAAUGGAUGGAGCAGAUCGAAAGGGAACGCGAGGCUUUGACGACAGAACGGCCCAAACAGGAGAGACCACCCAAACAGGAGAGACCACCCAAACAGGAGAGACCGCCCAAACAGGAGAGACCCAAGCCUGAGCCCCAGCGACAGAGGGCCAAGAGCCCGGAUCUGUCGUCUUCGUCGUCGUCCUCGGAUGAAGACCCGGAAGCCGUCAUUAAGGGUAAAACGCUGGCCGAACUGGAGGCGGAACGGGACGCGUUACUUAGGGAGGUGCGCAAGCCUGAGCCGCCACCACAGUCGAUGAUCGACGACGAUGAGUCGACGCUGGACGCUGACGACGAAGUGGUACGACAACAGGCUCAGGAAGAGGCGGAGGCUAGGCGGAAACGGGAGGCUGCUGCAGCGAAGGCGGCCGCCGACCGAGAAGCCAAAGUUAAACAGGAAAAUGCCGAGUCGUCAACGGGCGAAAGCAGUCCCAGCUCACAGGUGGCGUUGGAGCACUCGUACUGCAUGCAAAUGCCGGAGGUCUCUUCCCAACAGCAACAGACCCCUACGGCGGAGGUGACGAAGCAAAACCUGGUGCACGAUCAUGGUUAUACCAGCGCCGUGGCACCACCACCUCCGGUGGAACCAAAGCGGCCGAAACCCCCGCCCAAGCCGCGUAAACCGAAAGAACACCGACACCACCAUCACAAACGACCGUCGGACGAUCGGGACGACGUUACCCUGUUGAAACAACGCCAACAGCAGCAGCAACAAAAGCAGCACAAUGUCGUGUUCAAAGAACGGGACGAGAUGCGGGAGUUCAAGAAACUUUAUGAGUUCCUAACGAAGGGUAUCGAUGCCGAGGACAUCGAGUACAUGCGGGCAGCCUACGAGGACAUGCUGAACAAAGACACGUGGGGCUACUGGCUGAACGAUACUCACUGGGUGGACCACUGCGUCACCAACCUGAACUCCAGUCCACCGAAGCGUCGCAAGAAGGACGAACGACUUCAUCUCACCGGCUGCGCAAGGACGGAAGGUUAUUAUAAGGUGACGCCACACGAAAAGGCCCGAUACAAAUACCAUCACGCCAAAGCCCACACCGUUCACUCGGCAAACGAUCCUCCAGUUACCAAGAUGCAAGGUACUCCUCUAGGUUGUAACAAAAAGCAAAUUAUUAAUGAUAUUUUUUUUUGUAAAGGUUUGUCGAGAGAAGCACGUUCGAACCAACGUCGUUUGCUGACAGCCUUCGGAGGCGACACCGACUCGGAUUUGCUCAAGUUCAACCAGCUGAAGUUCAGAAAGAAACAACUGAAAUUCGCAAAGUCUGCGAUUCACGACUGGGGCCUGUUCGCCAUGGAGCCCAUCGCCGCAGACGAGAUGGUUAUCGAAUACGUCGGUCAAAUGGUGCGACACAGUGUGGCCGACCUCAGGGAGCAGAAAUACGAAGCCACGGGCAUUGGUAGCUCGUAUCUCUUCCGUAUUGACCUGGAGAACAUCAUAGACGCCACCAAGUGCGGCAAUCUGGCCCGGUUCAUCAAUCACAGCUGUAACCCCAACUGUUACGCCAAAGUAAUAACGAUAGAGUCUCAGAAGAAGAUCGUCAUUUACUCGAAGCAAAGUAUAGGCGUGAACGAGGAGAUCACCUACGACUACAAGUUCCCGAUAGAAGACGAUAAAAUUACGUGUCUGUGCGGUGCCCCGUCGUGUCGAGGGUACCUUAACUAAUUGAAUUACUUUAGUGCUUGAUAAACAGACUAAGUUAUAUCCACGAAAGAGUGUUUUAAACUAUACGUUUUUUUAUCUGUAUAUAUGAUUUUCUGUAAAUAAUUAUAAUAUAGUUGUUUAUUUAA